AGGAUGCUGAACAGAAAAGUGAUGAAGAUCAAGGAAAUAUGGAGGAUGCUGAACAGAAAAGUGAUGAAGAUCAAGGAAAUAUGGAGGAUGCUGAACAGAAAAGUGAUGAAGAUCAAGGAAAUAUGGAGUGUUCUUCCUCCAUUUGUUGGAAUAGAGGAGAGGAGGUAUUAGGAUGUGCCUCAUGUCCACGAUGGCUGCACUACAGAUGCCUUGGCAUCCCAAAAGGAACUCUAGAACAGCUAGGCAUCACAUGGAAAUGUUGCAGCCCCCAAAUGUCACAAAGUAUUAUAAGACUACCUGUGGGUUUUGCCUUGACAACGGAUGAGAUUGCCCAAUUCCAGCCUGGGGGAUGUUGCACUAUGGAUGGAAUUAAUUUUUUCAUUUUCACCCAGUGCAGGUUCAACAGCACAUUAGUGCUGAAUGCUACCACUUCCCAACUGUUCCUCAAUGACAUCUCGUAUGCUGGCCAUGAGGAAGUUCACCGGAGAUGGAACCCUUUCCUUGGUUCCACUGUUGAACAUGUUGUGGUUCCAGUCCUCCAUUCGGAGCACUGGAUCCUUCUACAUUACGCUGUUGGAGAAAGGAUGGUAAAGUGCUAUGAUUCGCUAAACACAGGAAAGGCGAUGAAGACCUCAUACCAACAAUAUAUCUGCAGAUUUGUAAAAUAUUUCAAUGGCAUAAGUAGGACAUUUGGUUUUGAGCCUCUAAAUGAGGUGGGGAUAAGAGUCAUAAGUCAAAAGUGUACCCAACAAACAAAUGGUACAGACUGCGGGUUUGCAGUUAUGAAGAAUAUACAUUGUAUUGGUCAGGGCCUUCCAACAGUGUACAAUGAGAAGGAAUUCGCUGGAGUGAGGAGGCUUCUUCUUCAAUCGACAUAUGGAAUGUUAUAGACAAUAGUAAAAGUUGUAUAAACUCUACAAAAAUACUGAUGGAAGUGUAGAAACAGCAAAUUUGAAUAUCUUGUUAUGAUAUAUUACUUUUGAAAUAUGUCUUUACCUUGUCCAUGUUAAUGGUCCAAUCUCAUAAAUCUGGUCAUCCUCCAUGUAUAUGUCAUUAUGUUCUGACAUUAUACACUGAAUAAUAGCUCAUGCCUAAAGCCUAUUGAUAAGACUAGUACAUGUGAUAUUUUGGCAAUCUUUAUUUUAUUUUAUUAUUACAUGUUACAAACUUUACUCCAAAUGUGUUUAGUUGCAGUGUAUCAAUAUGAAUAUAUCUUAAGGGUAUGCUUUUUCCCAGCUGUGAGACAUACUGUAAGAGCCACAGAUGUGUCAAAAUGAGGUUCUACUUGGAUUGCCUAAAUGACUAAGACCAGCUUAAAUUUCAUUGGAAUGACAUUGUUUUGUUUUGUUUUUAUAAUUCUGUUAUUAAUGAUUCUAGAAUAUAAUCUUCAUAACAACACAGCA